AUGUUGGAAGAGUUUUCUGACACUGAGGAGCAGCCAAUAAUAAUUAUUGAUGAUGAUGAUGAUGAUGGCAACAAUAACAAAUUGGAGGGUCCUAAGCUAAUUGAAAAGGAUUCCUGUGAUCGGGGCCAAAUUUCUUUUGAUAAAGAAGAAGUAGAUGAGUUUGCUGCCUCCCAGUUCAAUUCACCUGAUAAUGUUGAUGAGAUGCAGGAUUUGGGUAAAAAUAUUGACCAGCCACCAAAUGAUCCUGAGGCUAACCUAGAAAUUAUAGAUACAAAGUUGCCAAAUGAAAAGCCCAUACCUGUGAUGGAACAACCAAAGAAAAGGAAGGACAAAACCAAAAAUACAGGUGUGACACCAGCUGGUAAUGGAAGAAAAAAGCGUGGACCUUCAAAGAAGAAAUCCAGUGCAGUAAAAGUUGAAAAAUGCGAGACUGGGAAAUCUAUGUGCAAAAUACCUGGAUGUUUCUUGCGUGACCUUGAAAAGUCAAAGCAAUAUUCUGGAAAGAAUUUCAAGCAAAAUAAGGAUGAGUUGGUUCAGAAAAUCUACCAACUGUUCAACAGCACUGUCUUUGAUCAAAAGCUUCCAGAGAAAAUAGAAAUCACCUGGAAUAAAAAGAUGCUGAGAACUGCUGGCUUAUGCACCACUAGUGAGACACGACACCCCAAAAGGGAACGCUAUGCCAAGAUUGAGAUUUCUCUGAAAGUCUGUGACUCUGCAGAUCGCCUUCGUGAUACUUUGAUCCACGAAAUAUGCCAUGCAGCCUCUUGGCUGCUUGACGGUGUCCGAGAUUCUCAUGGUGAUGCAUGGAAGUAUUAUGCAAGAAAAUCCAAUGCCGUGCACCCCGAGCUACCCAGGGUCACUCGUUGCCAUAACUAUACGAUUAAUUACAAGAUUAAUUAUGAAUGUACUCAGUGCAAAACCAGGGUUGGCCGCUACACCAAAUCGUUGAACACUGAACGCUUUAUCUGCGCCAGAUGCAGAGGGCCUCUGGUCAUGCUACCGUUAACUCGUAAAGAUGGAACCCCCAUUGAACCCCAUGUGAGACCAUUUGCCAAAUACGUGCAGGAGAAUUACCGAGUGGUGUUUCAAGGGACGGCUGGGAUCAGCCAUGGGGAUGUGAUGAGAAAACUCAGCAAGGAUUAUGUUGCCAGUAAACAAAAGAAGAAUCCUUAGAGUAUGAGCUAAGUCCCUUACUAAUGAAAAGUUUUAGAAAAAAAUCUCUAUUACUGUGAAGUUAUGAAUAUUAGAGUUUAAAUACAUGUUUUGAGGUUCAUAUUAUUCAUAAUAAUUGUUCUUAACCAAGAACUCUAUAGCUAGCCAUUGUGUCCUUGACCAUACCAUGAAACUCUCUGGAUCUACCUUGGGUCUUAUUUUGAAAGCAGAGUUUUAAAAAUUUGGAACACAAUAGAAGAAAAAUGAGUUUUUGAGAGUGGCAAGUUGAGAGAAUGAGAAUGAUAUUGGAAAGAGAAUAAGUUUUAAAAGCAGCACUUCACACAGGACCACUGUCAGAUGUAACUUGUUAAACCCACCUCCACAUAAAAGACAAACAUGUUGUGUGAAUUCAGUUGCUAAUGACAUCGAGUGGAGCUGUCUAGCUGUUUAGUUGUUCAAAA